AUGGAGGUGACUGCUUUGAAUGGGAGGAUGGCCAGAUGGCAGAUUUUGCUUUCCGAAUUCGAUAUAGUCUAUGUGAGUCAGAAGGCCAUGAAAGGGAGUACAAUAGCUGACUUUCUAGCUAGUAGAGCCCUAGAGAAUUACGAGCCCUUGAAUUUUGAUUUCCCAAAUGAGAGCUUGAUUUAUGUGGCAGCCACUGAAGAAAAUUCCCAAGUGGGUCACAUUUGGAAGCUAAACUUUGAUGGAGCCUUGAAUGCUGUGGGCAAUGGAAUUGGGGCAGUCUUGGUAUCCCCGAACGGGGAUCAUUAUCCUUUUACUUGGAAAUUAGAUUUUGAUUGCACAAACAACAUUGCAGAAUAUGAAGCGUGCAUCAUGGGCAUUCGUGCGGCUAUAGAGCGUGAAAUCAAAGUACUAGAGGUAUAUGGAGAUUCUGCAUUGGUGAUAUAUCAACUCAAAGGUGAAUGGGAAACGAGAGAUCCCAAAUUAAUCAGUUAUCGAAAGCUGGUUCUCGGAUUGAUCGAAGAGUUUGAUGAUAUUACUUUUUGCUAUCUUUCACGAGAGGAAAACCAGAUGGCUGACGCUUUGGCUACUCUAGCCUCCAUGAUUAAAGUGAACAGACAAGAGGACAUGAAGCCUAUCCAGAUGAGCAUCUAUGAAACCCCAGCUUAG